GCGAAAGUGAAUCGCAAGUAUGCUUCCGAAUGCACUGAGGUUCACCUGGCCAACAAGGGGGCGGAAUCCAUCUCGAAGAAGUUCGAGCAUUUCAGUUCGCUGGAAAUCGUUUGGUUUCAGGGAAAUCGGCUGUCCCGCGUGGAGAAUCUUGAGACGAACUUCCGCAUUCGGGAGGUUUACAUCCAAAACAACCGACUGGUGUCCUUGGCUGGCCUCAAAACCUUCAAGUUCCUGAGGGUGUUGCUGGCCAGUGGGAAUCAACUUCGAAAUCUCGAUAAGCAGCUGGCGCUGCUGUCGAGAUUCCCAUUCCUCAAGAAGCUAGAGCUCUUCGACAAUCCCGUAGCGGAGGAGCCAGACUACAGGCUGCGCCUGAUCUACCAUGUGCCGCAGGUGGAGCUUCUGGACCAACACACGGUGAAGCUGCCGGAGAGACUUCGUGCUGACGAGGUGGUGCCCAACUUGGAUAAGGUCUCUGCAGCAAAGGUGGAGAAGCCUCGACCAAAGGGCCACCAGUUCUCUGUGCUGGAGAGGCAGUGUAUCCACGAAGCUCGCAGCAUCCAAGAAAGACGAAGGCUCGAAGAAGAGCUCUCCAUGAGCAAAUCCUUUCACGUCGCAGUCGACAAGGGCGCGCCGCCAGACUGCAAAGUUUUCAAAGCCAAUCGGGACCGGUGGAUGGACCCAAGGAAAAAAGUGCUUCACGAGACCUUGAGGCCGACGCCCUGGGAGUGCCACGAGAUGCGGGGCUUCAUCGGCGCCCGGGCCAAGAAGGAGCUCACGAGGGCGGAUGUGGAGGCUCUGGCCAAGGAACUCGCGGAGACGGGCAUCGAAGAAGUUGGCCGCUUCCUGAAGAGCCCAGACGCGGUCUUCGAGGAUCUCCCGGAGCAGGAUGCUGUGGAGGCCGGUAUGACGGCCCUGGCGCGCAGCCUGAAGUUUCAUACCGAGUCCAAGGGCAAGGUGAAGGCAGACCCUCAUCCGCUGGACAAGCUGAUGCAAGACGCAUCGGCGACCAUGCCCCCGGCAGAAGUGAUUACCUGGCUUUUGAAGCUAGAUUGGCCUCGCUUUGACGACGAGCUUCUUGACAGGCGCAUCGACAAGCUCUUCGAAGACAUGCGACGUGCUGAAUUCGCUGGUGACACAGAGACUGUGGGCAAGCUACGAACGCAUGCUUCGCGACUGGAGGGCACGAAGACGCUGAAAGAUCAUGUGGAGCUGAACCGCAAGGAAACUGUCCAAGCAGCUCCAAGAACUCGCGCUGACGUCUUUCCACAGACUUUCAUUCGAGCCAAGCGCCAGAUAGAUGAAGCCACGGGGCGAAUUGUCUUGAAGGUGGGCAUGGAAACCAGGAGCACCAGCAUGGGAACCAUGACUGUUGCGAGAUAG